AUGGGUAAAAAGGCGAAAGCCGGUUCUUAUAAAAAACCUAAUAGUUACAAUGGUCGUAAAAAAAUAAUUAAACCUCCUCAAAUUAACCCUCAACCUCCUCAAAUUAAACCUCCUCGCGAAUGGAAAAAUUUUGCUGAAUUAAAAUUCAGAGUUAGUGAUAUUCAAACUAACGCUACUUCAACUAAUAUAAUGGAUGCUUUUACUACUUAUGGUAAUGUUUAUAGAGUAGAAAUUGAGACAAAAGAAACUUAUGUCUCUCCUGAAUGUUCAAAUGGAACUGCUUAUAUCAUAUUCAAUUCUGAUACUUUCACUGAUUAUUCCUUUCCUGCUGAAAGUUUAGAAUUGGGUGAUUAUUUACUAUCUGGUGUAUUUGUAUCUGAAGCUAAAUUUACUCAAUCGGUAAAAUUUUCUAUAAAUCAUCGAAAACAAAAAAUAAUUGUGGAAUUUGGUCAUAAAGUGCGCACUUUUAAGCUUGAAAUCGAUUUUAAGGAUAUAAUCGAUGAUAUUUAUUCUGAGCUUGACGCUUCUCAACAAAGAUCUCGUAGUUCAAUUACUAUAGAAAAUAAAUACCCCGCAAAAUAUUGGGUAUUAGAUAAGUAUCAAAAAUCAAAUAAAUUUAAUUGGUGUAUUGUGAUGAUAUUACUGAAAGUUACAGAGGAUGGUAAAAAAAUGCCUCGUUUUCAUAAAAAUAAUGAAGAACCUGGUAAAUGGCUAGUCUUUAGAAUAACUUUUGAUUUGGAUCAAGUUGGUAAAAACUCUAUUGAAGUAACUGAUUUACGUAAACAUUUUGUGAACCGUUCAUUGUUAAACUUUGAAGUUAAUUAUAUGGUCGAAUGUAAUAUUUCUUUUAAUUACCUUAAUGAGUAUAACCUUUGUGAAGAAUUCUUUUCUUUAUUAUCUCAACAACCUACUGUAGAAUUGGAGGAUUUAAAAUAUAAAAUAGAUAAUAAACCUAAAUAUAUAUCAUAUUAUUGUGGUAUGGUGCGUAAAGUUGGUGUAACUCCUACUACAUGUUAUAUUUUAACUCCAACCAUGGAAACUUCUAAUAGGAGUAAAGUUGGUUCAUCUUCAUCUAAUAGUGAUACUUCUAACGAUGCUUUAUAUAAUGGAGUUUAUCGUGCUUUACGUGAUGGCAUAACUAUUGGUGAUAGGCACUACGAAUUCUUGGCUUUAUCUGCUAGUCGAUUAAGAGAUCAUAGUUGUUGGAAAUCUCUUUCAUUAACAAAGAAGAUUGCUUAUGAAUUGUAUUUAAAAACUAUUCCAAGUGCAUUUCAAAUUAAAAUGGCUGGGUAUAAAGGUGUUUUAUUUCAGUUAAUUAAUGUGAAAAAUAAUCAAGUUCAAGUUCGUCCUAGUCAACAUAAUGUGUUAGAAGUUAUCAGAGAUUUACGAGUUAGGAAAUUGGAUAAAAUGCUUGAAAGCGAACAUACGGUGUUGGGUGCUUUACAAAGGAAUGUUGAUGAAUAUGGAAUUUCAACCUCACUUGCUGAUCUUGUCAAAGCGGAAUUUUUAAGAAAUAAUGAUCGCGUCUUGAAUGUUACCGAAACUUUACACAAGUGUCAAAUUUAUUGUUGUAUAUCUGACCCAUGUAACCCAUCCAGUAAAAAGGUAAUAACUGGAAGGUGUAUUGUACUUCGAAAUCCUUGCUUUCACCCAGGAGAUAUAUGUAUAGUUACAGCUUUAACAUGUAAGGCUUUAAGUCAUUUAGUAGAUGUAGCGGAGCCGCCAGAGUUCAGCUUAACGACCUCUAUGGACAUGGUGGCUGGAGGUCUUGGUUUAUAUCAAGACCGAUGGUCGGAACUGUUUGGGAAAUGUUGGGCUACGUCUAUUGUACGUGAAGAUUUCAGAACUAUUAAAAAUAAAAGCAAUUCAAGAAAUGGACCCGGAAUUCCGGUUCGCAAGUUAGCUUCUCUUAUAGGAAAGAUCACAGCAACAACGGACGCUAUGUUUCCAGCCAGAUUGCAUUCUCGCGCACUACUAAGAGACAAAAAUAUUGGUCUGAAGAAGCAAGGUUGGAAUGCUAUUAUAGAACUUUCCCCAGAAAGCAUCGCACAAUUGGAAUGGUGGACCAAGAACUUACCUCUAUGGAACGGACGAAGUCUUAUUCCAGAGGAACCAAAGAUAUUCCCAGCGGUUGGUUAUCGUGAUAUUCCUAGUGAAUGUAGCGGUGGUGAUCUAGAUGGUGACGAUUUCACCAUACAGCAACUCGAGUGGUGGAUAAAAAAUCUUCCUUCUUGGAAUGGAAGAAGUUUAAUCCAGGAAGAACCAAAAACCGUAAUUCACACAGAUGCGUCAAAUACCGGCUGGGGAAAUUCAGUUCUCCAUUCUCGCGUUCAAGGAGCUGGGCGGGACGAUAUCACCGGAUCUCUCAAAGAUCGCAGAGAAUUUGAAUUAUCAGAUUCAAAAACCAAGAAUGCAAAAGCAGAUUCUUCCGAAGUUGGUGCAUUACGUGGAGCUAACAAACGGAACCGUUGCGAAACUUCGGAAAAUAAGGUGCAAUGUAUAUGUCUUGCACAAUUACGUUCUGAUGCCGUAGAUUCUCCCAAAACGGGAACACCACCAGAAUUUCCACCUGUACUUCGUGUUAAAGAACCACAAACUAAUUUAAAUGUAGAGAAUUUUGAUCAAAGAUUAUAUGCUGAUGCGUAUGAAGAAUUUUUAUAUGGUGCACGAAAAUUAAAGCGAGAGUAUGAUGCAAACAUAAGAGGAUUAAUGAAUCAAUUUGGAAUUAUUACCGAAAUUGAAGUAACUAGUGGAUAUAUCGUGAAUACUAUUACGAAAGUUGAUAAAAAGGAACCUCGCGAUGUAAAAAAAUCUGUGAUGGAAGCUUUAAUUCCAAUUAAACGACAUUAUCGAAAAUUAUUUGAAGAAGAAUUUUUAUCGAAGGAUCUAGUGUUGUUUUACCUGGGGUUCGUAGUAGAAUGGAGUCUAAAGCUUAUGCUUGGUAUUAUGUAUCAUAUCAUCCUUCGGAAUUAG